AGUUACUUCAAAAAAUCCAUCAUCUUCUCCAUCAUCGCCAUGGCAGUAACAUUAAAGACAAAGAUGCCGUCGUUAUCAUGCUGCUCUCCUGUCCUGCUUAUCGUGUGGAUAUUGGUGGUGACAAGCCCCAUUGGUGUGUUGGGUUGGGGCAAAGACGGUCAUGAAUUGGUGGGAAACCUCGCCUACCGUUUGUUAUCCAGUUCGGCUCAAUCGGCAGUUCAUGAGAUUCUUGGAGAUGAUGAUGCGGUAGCGCAUCAUGCUGACUGUUACAAUAAUACUCCACUGGGUGCCAUUGCCGAUUGGGCCGAUCAAGUUCGUAUGAGCAAGGACUACCAUUGGUCGGGUGUUUUGCAUUAUAUAGAUAUUCACGAUGAAACGGUGGAGGGUGGAUGUCCCGCCGUUGGUGACACGGACAAGAAGGGUUGUCAUUUCGACUAUUCUCGAGACUGUAAACAGGAUGCUUGUGUGGCGGGUGCCAUUGUCAAUUACACACAUCAUUUGGCCGACUGGAAGCAACAACAACCACGACUCUCCAAACAUCUCCGAGGAUCCAUGAGUCUCUUGGCGCCUUUUCGACUGCUAGCUACUACUACGACAAAUCCUCCCACCCAGUUGGUGCAAGAAAGUCUCAAGUUUUUGACCCAUUUUGUGGGAGAUAUUCAUCAACCUCUGCACAGUGGUAGGCAGUCGGAUAUCGGAGGAAAUCGCAUUGACGUUACGUUUCACAUUCCCAGCAGUAGUAACAACCGGGCAGUCUCCACUCCUAGAAGAUCUGGUAGACGUACCACUACUACCACCCAUCAUCAUCACCAUUUGGAACUGCACGCCGUGUGGGAUACGUCCAUGAUUGAACGAGCCAUUCAUACUAUCUACCAUCAUUCACGGCAAGAAUUGGAAGAAGAUUUGAUGACAUACAUCCAAAACAACAAUUCCACUCAUCACGAUUGGUUGGCAUGUGCGGAUACAUCCCAGCAAAAAUGCACAUCCGCAUGGGCCGAAGAAAGCUGGCAACAUGCAUUGACAUGGGCAUACCGGAAUGCCGAUGGACAGUCCGAAGUCACACCGGGAACCAACUUGACGGAUGCAUACUACGAGACACGAUGGCCACAAAUCUUUCAGUACAUUGCCGUGGCCGGUGUCCGAUUGGCGGCGGCCCUCGAAAUGGUAUUGGGAGACGACAAGAACCAUCAUCUUGAUUAAUGCAGGAGAACGUGCUUCCAAGUCGAUUUCUUUUUGAAACAUGACUCAUACAAUGCACUUUCCAGUCAUGCCUGCACCUCUUCUCUUGGCUGGUCCACAGAGCGUACAAUGGCCAACGCAGACAUACCGGUACUGCUGUAAAACCUCUAGCCUAUACUUUAUGUU